AUGAUGGAUUUGAAGGCCUUGCAUAAAAGUUCAACCUUCAAUUCAUUUACUGCUGGAAGUACUCACAAAAUAGGUGCUUGGUUUGCUUUUCUGAAUGUAAGAUCAAAAAAAUCCUCUAUUAAAGCAUCCAAAAGCAUUACGCUAGGUGCUGUUCCUGAAAAUCCGAAAUUUGAAUCUGAUGGUGAAGUAGAAGAGUCAUCAGAAUUAUCUGCUCCAGUCGUACAAUUGCGCCCAAAAUCUAGGCAUAGAAAAGAUCUUAGUCUGUUGCAACAUGAUAUGAAUAAGAGAAGAUCAUUACCGGCAGAUUUACAUCUUCCUCAAGGUUAUAUUGGUAAGUAUGGAGAAGAACAAACUUUGACUAGAGCAUCCCGUCGGCAGUCAAUGUCAGAAAUAGGCUUUGGACGUAUGGAAACCUAUACUAAACUGGAUAAAUUAGGACAGGGUACAUAUGCUACAGUUUUUAAAGGUAAAUCCAGACUAACAGACAAUCUUGUUGCCCUUAAAGAAAUUCGUUUGGAACAUGAGGAAGGUGCUCCUUGUACUGCUAUCAGAGAAGUUUCCUUACUCAAGGAGUUACGCCAUGCUAAUAUUGUGACAUUACAUGACCUUGUUCAUACAGAAAAAUCUCUUACUUUAGUUUUUGAAUAUUUGGAGAAGGACCUGAAACAAUAUAUGGAUGAUAGGAACAAUAUUCUUAGUAUGAAUAAUGUAAAGAUAUUUUUGUUUCAACUUCUUCGUGGUCUUGCAUACUGUCAUAGUCGAAGAAUCCUUCAUAGAGAUUUAAAACCACAAAAUUUGCUCAUUAAUGAAAAGGGUGAACUUAAGUUAGCAGAUUUUGGAUUAGCCAGAGCUAAAUCGGUUCCUACCAAAACCUACUCCAAUGAAGUUGUUACACUUUGGUAUAGACCACCUGAUGUUCUCAUGGGUUCUACUGAAUAUUCUACUCAAAUUGAUAUGUGGGGUGUUGGCUGUAUCUUUUUUGAGAUGGCAUCAGGUCGUCCUUUGUUUCCUGGCUCAACCGUUGAGGAAGAAUUGAAUUUAAUUACUAGAAUCUUAGGUCCACUUAACUCACCUUUUCCCUCAGAAUCAGUUCAUGAAACUUUGAUUUCUCGAGCUCCUAGGCUUCAACAAGAUGGCAUAUGUCUUCUUAAAUCAUUUUUAGUGUAUGAAGCUAAGGAUAGAGUUUCUGCUAGUGAUGCGAUGAAGUUUUCAUACUUUAAUUCCUUAGGGCCAGAAGUUCACAAGCUUGCUGAUACUGCAUCAAUAUUUUCUGUCCCUGGUAUCCAGCUGAGUCCUGAUCCAUGCAUUCCGAAAAAUUCAAAAAGUAGACGCCAAAGUCUUCUUCUCUGA